AAAAAUUAAAAUCCAAAAAGCUUAAGCUUCAAUCUUUCUGUCUAAACUUAUGCUCCAUUUCGUAUUGGUCUUCUUAAAUUAAACUUAUCAAAUGUUUUAAUACUAAGGAAAAGCAAAAUAUCAAUGAAUAUUUUUUUUCCCUCAAGACUAUAAAAAAAACUUUCUAGAAGUUCAAAUUCGGAAAAGAAAUGGUCCAUUCCAUCAAUACUAAUAUGUUUGAACAAGAAAACAUAAAUGAAAAUUUGAGACCCGGUUGAACACAGCAAUUUUCGAUCAAUGAAAAUUUACGGAAACAUACAUAGAUGUCAAACAAAACAACCAGAAGUAGAUUAACUAAAAUUCGAUUAAGUUCACGCGCUUAUCGAGACAUUUGAUGUUUGGGUUUGACUCGAUAACUAAUUAGAAUAGCUCAACUCAAUAUUAAACGAGUCAAUCUCAAGUCAAUUUCGAAUAGCUCGCGAGUCGGAUCGACUCGAUUACACCCCUAAUCCGGAGCCACUUCUUGGACAUUUUUAAACUGAUUUUAAACUGAUCGGUUUUGGUUUUCGGUUAUGGCUCCCGUCCAAAUUAGCCCAUGGGUGGGCCUAGGUGACAAAAACGCUCUCUCACCCUUAAACAAUUUACAAAUCAAAUCGAACUAAAAGUGACUUUUUUGCUUUUAAUAUUUUGAUUUUUAAUAGUUAAAACUAAAACUCAAAUUCAACUUUUAUUCAAAUACUUUGAUUCAAUUAGAUACCGUCUAUUAAUUAAAUUUUGACUGAAUAAUGCACACACACCCUAGUGAAAACUUCUAUGAAGAAAAGUAUAAUCAAAUUAAUGACCGUCAUCAAGUGGUCAGAAAAGUUGCUAUCAAAAUUGAAAAGUAUUAACAAAUUGAAGGACCUACAAUUUCUUAUCACAUUUCAACAUCUUAACACCUCUGUCUUCCUAGAACCUUAAAUUAAUUCUGCAAACACAAAUGCACUCAUAAACUAAUUAAUCUCACAACAUGUCAAGAUUUUAAUUACUCAAUUACAGCAAAAUGAUAAGUUUUCUUCCAUUUCUGUCCUUUUUUUGUUUACUUCUUCGUUAUUCAUCAGCAACUAUUACACCAGGUUCAGUUCUGUAUGCUUCUUCUGACAACACAAAUGAAUCAUGGAGUUCUGAUAACCAAACUUUCUCGUUCGGUUUCAUCCCUCUCAGCCCACAAACUUCACCACCGUCAUUUCUAGCCGCUGUUUAUUAUUCCGGCGGCAUCCCCAUUUGGACCGCCGGUAAUUUUCCUGUUGACUCUGGUGCUUCUCUCCAUUUCCUCCCCACCGGAACUCUCCGCCUACUCAACGGCUCCGGCGACACUGUCUGGGACUCGAACACUCAGAAUCGUGGAGUUUCCUCAGCUUCUCUUGAAGAAACUGGCAACUUGGUUCUCAAGAAUGAAACUGCCACUGUCUGGUCAACUUUUGAUAACCCUAGUGACACAAUUGUCCCAACACAGAAUUUCAAAGCUGGUCAGGUUUUACAAUCUGGAUUUUACUCAUUUACCCUUCUUGAAUUUGGUAACAUAACUCUUAGAUGGAAUAAUAGUAUUACAUAUUGGAGUAAGGGUUUAAAUUCUUCUUUUAGUAAUGAUAAUACAAGCUUAGUUUCUCCUAGUUUAGAGUUACAACCAAUCAUUGGAACCCUGUCUGUUUUUGAUCCGACAUUGCCCACGAGUGGUGCAAUCAUAGUUUAUAGUAAUGAUUAUGCUGACGGUGGUGAUGUGUUAAGGUUUAUGAAGCUAGAUGAUGAUGGAAAUUUAAGGAUUUAUAGUUCAGAAAGAGGCAGUGGGAUUCAAAUAGUGAGAUGGUCUGCUGUUGAAGAUCAGUGUAGAGUCUUUGGUUACUGUGGAGAUAAUGGAAUCUGUAGUUAUAAUUCUACUAGUCCGGUUUGUGAUUGCCCGUCUCGGAAUUUCGAACUAAUCGAUCCGAAUGAUAGUCGAAAAGGGUGUAAAAGGAAAGUUGAAAUUGAGAAUUGUCAAGGCAAUGUGAUAAUGUUAGAUUUAGAGCAUACAUUGCUUUUGACAUAUCCUCCACAAAGUAUUUUUGCUGCUGGUACAGAAUCAGAGGUUUUCUUUGCAUCUGUAUCAUCUUGUAGAUUGACUUGUUUACAGGAUUCAGGUUGUGAAGGUUCAACUUUAUUGUCCGAUGGCUCAGGCCAAUGCUACUUGAAAAGGCCCGGUUUAGUUACAGGUUACACGAAUCCUGCACUUCCGUCCACUUCACAUGUCAAGGUUUGCCCGCCGGUGAUUCCAAAUCCAUUACCUACUUUGCAAGUCUCUGAGGAGAGUGACGGUUGGAAGGUGGACGGUUGGAUUUUAGGCGUCGAGGCGUUGGCUAUUAUUAUAGGUAUGUGUAUCUUGGAAAUUGGAUUAUGGUUCUGUUUUUAUAGAAAAAGCUCUAAAUUUGGUGGACUAUCAGCCCAAUAUGCUCUUCUUGAGUAUGCAUCGGGUGCUCCAGUUCAGUUCCGGUAUAAAGACCUUCGAGGCGCGACGAAAGGGUUCAAUGAGAAGCUUGGAACAGGAGGGUUCGGUAGUGUGUAUAAAGGAGUUCUUGGUAACGGAAUGAUAGUUGCAGUGAAACAACUUGAAGGAAUUGAACAAGGUGAGAAACAAUUCAGAAUGGAAGUUGCUACUAUAAGCAGUACUCACCAUCUGAAUUUGGUGAGACUGAUCGGAUUCUGCACGGAAGGGCGACACAGAUUGUUGGUUUACGAGUUUAUGAAAAAUGGUUCUCUUGAUCAGUUUCUUUUCAUAACGAAUAAUAAUAAUCAAAUGGGAAAAUUGUUGAAUUGGGAGCAGAGAUUCAACAUUGCUCUUGGAACUGCCAAGGCAAUCGCGUACCUUCAUGAGGAGUGUCGAGACUGCAUUGUUCAUUGCGAUAUAAAACCUGAAAACAUUCUGUUGGAUGAGAAUUACAGCGCCAAAGUCUCCGAUUUCGGACUUGCAAAGCUGAUAAAUUCCAAAGAGCAAAGAUACAAGACACUGACGAGCAUCAGAGGGACUAGAGGAUACUUAGCACCAGAAUGGAUUGCGAAUCUUCCUAUAACAUCAAAUUCCGAUAUAUAUAGUUACGGAAUGGUUCUGUUAGAGAUCGUGAGCGGAACGAGGAAUUUUGAUAUGUCAGCAGAAACAAAUAUGAUAAGGUUUUCAGUAUGGGCAUAUGAAGAGUUUGUGAAAGGGAAUUUUACGGGAAUUAUUGACAGAAGACUUGCAGAACAAGAAAUUGAUAUGGAACAAGUAAAGAGGAUGAUUCAAGUAAGCUUUUGGUGCAUUCAGGAGCAACCGACAAUCCGGCCGAGGAUGGGAAAAGUAGUUCAGAUGCUAGAAGGAGUAGCAGAGAUUGACAAGCCACCGGCCCUGACGGUCGGAAAUCCUGAAAGGCCUAUCGGUGUCUCUCACAGAGGCUCGGGACCUGUUUCUACCUCGCCUUCAUCAUUCCGAGCAGCCGGAUUCUCGAAUUUCACUUCCGAUGGAAACUUGGAAAAGGCUUCGGCUUCCCUUAUAUUUUCAGGAAACAACUCAAUUGCAUAGUCAUUGUAAAUAUGUUGUUUUGACAUUCUUUUCAUUGUACCUAUAUAGCCUGAAUUGCUACUUAUAAUUAGUACCAGGGGCGGAUCUACUUGAAGGCUAGGGUAGGAUAGAGCACGGGCUGCCGUCAAAUAAUCGAAGGAGUCACGGUGGAGGCCGGUGGAGCAGCAGCAAAUAUUUGUUGCAGGCAGCAGCUUUCAGCCAUGGCUGCUCAAACGAAGAAGACGACCUUGUUUUAGUUUAGGUUUACAAAUUUAUGGGCCAAGUUUGGGCAUGGUUUGAUUUUGUAUAAAAUGGGCCAAUCUGUAUAGUAAACCGAUGAGUUCAACAGUUCCUUUUAUUUUAGACCCAAAUUAUCAAAUUUCUUAAAUCAAUUCCUAUUUUUUUAUAAA